AGGACAGUCGGCUUGUAGAAGAUCGCAGUCUGGAUAUUUCAUCACAAAUUGACGAGAGUCGAGAUUGGCGAAACACGAAAUGAUCGUGAGGAGACUCUGCAGGAAAGAUGUCAUACCACAGUAAGGACUUAAUGGACCAUGUUGCCUUCGUGCCUCCUCUGGCUCUCCACGGCCUCUCCAUGGACAGCAGCGGUGCGCACUACAGAGACGCGCUCCGGCUCGGACUGCCCUUCCACCUGGACGCGGCUUACCUGGACCCCGGCCAGAGGUCGCCUUACAGACGCUUAUCCUAUUUCCCCUUCGGUGUGUGUGAUUAUUCCUUCGAGCCCGCGUUUAUCCGCAAACGGAACGAAAGGGAGCGACACCGGGUGCGCUGCGUAAACGAGGGUUACGCGCGUCUCCGGGAGCAUCUGCCGCAGGAGUUUGAGGACAAACGGCUGAGCAAAGUGGAGACGCUGCGGGCGGCCAUCGACUACAUCAAACACCUGCAGAGGCUGCUGGACUUGAACGUCUCCGGGAUGGAGAUGUCACUCGGAGACAACCAGAGGGCGCAGAGGACAGACAGUGAUGGAGAGUCCAAAACCAGCCUGAGCGACAGCGGGGAGGCGGUUUACUAGCUGCUGGUCUCUUAAACCUGCUGAGUAUUAGACUAUUAAGGAGGAAAAAGACACACAAAUAGUGAAAGACAACCUUGUGUUUUUACAGUAAAGAAUAAAAUCUAUUUUCAAUGAGUUUUCGUUGACAUUGUGACUACUGUGAAGCAUCAGAGAAAGCAGAUAUUAAAAGCAACAACAAGAUGCAUGAA